AUGCAAGACUUGAAGGUUAUUCAAACAAAAUUAAAUGAUGAUCUCUUUUCAGCAACGCAAGAAACAUGUCUUGCUUUAUGUCGGGUUCAAGAUAUAACAAAAAAAUCGAAAGAAAAAUCAUACAUUAUAUGUGCUUGCAUUUAUCAAAAAGCCGAUGCACAACCAACAUUACAUCUAUUGCGAUUUGGUGACAAAGGCUAUGAAAUAGCCAAGAAAAAAAUGAAUAUUCUAUUAUGUGACGUAAAAACGAUCGAUUAUGCUCCAGUAAUCAAUGAUAAACGUCAACCAUCAACACUUGGCAUUGAUAUCGUAACAGCGGAUCGAGAAUAUUCGUUUCUUGCAUUAUCAUUCGAUGAAAAGAAAGAAUUUGUUUCUAAUCUCAGAAAAAUAACAGCUCAUUAUUUAAGACAUAGUCGAGAUAAACCGAAAUAUCUUAAUGUUCCAAAUGAUGAUGAUUUAGUAGGAAACACACAAAAUCUUGAACCUUUGUCGAGUCGUCCAUCGGUGCCUGAAACAUGGGAUGCAAUAACGCAGCAAGAAGAACAGGAUUUAACUGAUCUUAUGUCAGAAUAUGAUUUUGCAAUUAAAGAUGCUGAACGAUUUGUUGAUAUGCUUCAACAGCGUUUAACUGAUCUUGACGUGGCAAAUGUUGAAACAGUAAUGGCAUCAGAAAAAGGGGCUGUUCAAUUAAUGAAUAUGUUAGAUAAAGCCGUUGAAGAAAUAUCAAAAAUUGAUAAUCGUUUAGGUCUCUAUGAGAAAAAAUUAAGUACAGUAGCUGAUGCAGUUAAGAUAAUGAGUAGAAAAGACUCACUGAUCCAAAUCGAAACAGCCAAUGUUCAAAAAUUGACUGAAGCACUUGAUAAUUUACUUGAAAUGCAAGAUUUCUCCGAUGAUUAUAUUCAAUUAUUACAAAAUAGCGAUUUAACAAAUGAUAAUGAUCGAACAAUGUGUAUUCAAGCAGCAACUUUGUUAACUCAAGCAUUAUCUGUGCAAUUACAACCAGGAAUGGAAAAAAUGGCUGCAAUACGGCAAAGACGAGAUUUACUUGAACAAACUCAAAGAGCAUUUUCAUUACGAUGUAAAAACUUUCUUAGUAGCAAAUUUGUUUUUCAUUCGCAAGAUUACGGCGAUCGCUGUGAAAUUGGCGCUAAUGAAUUACCACAUCAUGUUGAAAAAAUAACAAGGCCACUUUUACCAUUUAGUCCUUUGUGUCAAUGGUUGAAAGUAUCAUCUUCGAAUCAUUUUAAAGAAGUUUGCCAAGCUUAUACUUCACAAAUUCGACCAAUUUAUGCUAAAGAAAUGCAUGCAUUUUUCGAAUCAGCAAAAAUAGGGGUUACACGUGGUGCUACAACGAUGCCGGAAAAACGAGCUGUUGGAUCUGUUUCAACAUUAAAUACAAUACGUAAAGAUAAACAGCAUAUGCAAACUUCUUUCGUUGGUGGUCUAACAGAUUCUGAAUCAUUUUCAUUGAAAAUUUCGACAAAAGAUUUUCGUACACGAUGUGAUAAAAUUUUUGAGCGUGUUCUUGGACAAAUCGCACCAGCUGUACGUGAAGAACAAUUAUUUUGUGUGAAUUUUUUUAAUUUUCUGGAAGAAGAAACUAUUUCAGGCGAAAAUGUACCUGAAUCAACAGAAAGCAUUGAAAAUUUUAGUUCAUCAGGCUUAAGAGAAAUGCUAUCGGAUUUGUUUAAUUCGCUUGACGAAGAAAUAAGAGGAUUAAUUACACAUAUAAAAAACUAUGAUCCAUUUACGAUUCUUUAUCUAUUUGUUCGUUUGAGUGAAACUACAAUGGUUGUUCAAAACUUUGGAGCGUUUCUCAAUAAAUUAUUCGCAAGUAACUUGAUAUUACUUAAGCGAGAUGUUGAUAGUUAUAUUAGCGAGACUUGUAAACGCAUACGCGAAUAUCGGCCAGUUAAAAAUCGUCGCGUUGGCAUUUUACCAUAUGUGAAUUAUUUUUCAGAAUUUAGCGAAGAAGCAGAAGUUAUUUUUGAUAAAUCAGCAAGAGCAGUGGAUUUACAUAGAGUUUAUAAAAAUUUAGUUACAGCUAUUUUUCAAGGUAUUGAAGAAUGUGCCUCUGUAAUGGUUCAUGAUGCAAAAACGCCUGAUUCAAUGGUUCGAUUAGAAAAUUAUCAUCAAAUGCAACAUAUAAUGGGUCUAAGGAAAUUAUCUGCAUUGGACACUGAAAAACAAGAAGCAAGAAAAUGUUACAAUGCUGCAAAAGCUGAUUAUGAACGUGAAUAUUGCCGAGUUCCGUUCGAACGAUUACAUAACUUUUUUGAACGUGUCGACGAAAUUCGUAAACGUUUAGCUAAAGAUGAAGAUGUGCAAUUUCAAAGUGACUGUAGUAUCAUUGAACUACGUCGUCUCAUUCGUGAUCAUCCACCAAAAGAGGUUAAACGUGGAUUAGAAAAUCUAUCUAAAAAAAUUGAAAAACAUUUAUCAGAAAAUUCAUCACUUCUGCAAGCAAUAUGGCAUGAUAUUCAAACUCUUGUAGUUGAAGAACAUCAGCGAAUGACAACGUUAAUUGAAAUUUGUUACCCGAAUUCGAAUAUAAAACUUGAAUUUACUGUAGAACAUCUACUCAAUUUUUUUACCGAAACAGCACAUACUUCACCUUAA